UGCUGUUGAAAAAACUCCAGAUAUAGAAAGAGUGUUUUGAAGCGGCGGUAUGGAGAUGUACUAUCGCGCUCAGUAUGAGCUACAACGUGGAACCACUUUGCCAAAGGAUAACGCGCUCUAGCUUGUAUCGAGCGCUAUAGCCCUGCCGUAUUUGUCACUGGACGAUUCUCUCAACAUGUUUGUCAUUAGCUCUGAGGCGUAACCUUGGCAUUUUAAGAAGCAAGUAACGUCUCCAGCUCCUCUCGUGCGAUGUUGGCGCGAACAAUUAUUGAUUGAAGCAUCGAGAAAAAACGCAUACUCUUGCCGUGGUAUUGCCGCUUCUGUUGCGUCCAGGGUAACUCCAUUGCCUGGCGGAGCCUUCUUGCGCAGUGCUUCCAGACGACCUAGCGGGACGCCUGGAUACACUGACUUGCAGCCCCAUCCACGCACGUGGCUGCGAUGGAAUUUGCGUCAGAGACGACGGCGGUAGUCGGUGUGCUUCUCGUACUUGUGUUGCUGGUGGUCACAGCCCUUAUCUCGUCCAAUGGAGGAUACCGGGGACGGAUUCCGAAAGGCGCGCGUCUGCCGCCGGGGCCCUCAGACCUGCCACUUCUCGGCGACAUCAAGACCCUGCUCAGUGGUCUGAGUGCACAGCGGGCGCUUGCCUGGUCCCGAAUAUACGGACCUGUUGUCAGGGUUAAGGCCGGCUCUUCGGAAACCAUCGUCUUGAACGACUUGGACAUAAUACGGACCUUCUUGAACCACAAGGACUUGCUGUAUCGCUCGAAGAGUUGGGUUCCUGAGCGAGACUGUUGACUUAGGGUUUGGCGGUUACGGAGGCAAGUCUUGGGACGAAAACCGCCGUUUCUCAAUGAAGUUACUCCGCGAACUGGGAUUCGGAAGACCUGCCAUGGGAGAGGUCAUCGCUGAAGGAUGUCGACUGCUGCUAAGUAAAAUAGCUGAGUCCCAAGGGGAACCCAUAGACCUGUUCGACCUCAUCCUUGCCAGCGCGUCGAGCAACAUUGGGGUGUUUGUUCUUGGCUACCGCUACCUGUUGGGGCACCCAGAACACCAGCAUCUGUGCAAGGCACUACGUGACGAGUUUAUGACUAGUCGGGCCGGCAGCGUGCUGUCCUCCUUGCCGUCGUUUGUAGCGGCUUUCUCCCAGUACUUUCCGUCCUCGCGGACGGCCACGCUCAUCGCAGCCAUGAGAUCGAUCGACGAAUUUGCAAGCACCCACCUGUCCCAUCACGUGGCAACGUUGGGUGACAACGAGGAUCGCGACUUUAUCGACGCCUACCUAAGAAAGAGCAAGGGACACGAACAUGAGGCCGGCUCCACGUAUAGCUUGUCCUCCUUGGCAGGCAACGUUGUGAGUUUCUUGUUGGCCGGCGCUGUCACCGCAUCGGGAUCGUUGAUGCGAGAGCUGCUGCUGGUAGCCGCCAACCAGGACACAGUGCAGGCACGCAUACAGAGUGAAAUCGACACGGUCGUGGGCAGCGAGCGCCAUCCGGCUUGGGGUGACAGGGUCUCGACCCCCUACACGAUGGCCUUUAUCUGGGAGGCCCAUCGGCGAUACACCAUGAUGCCACUAGGAGUGCCCAGGCGAGCAUGUCAAGAUGUCGUCAUAGGCGAACACUUCAUUCCGGAAGACGCUACUGUGGUGGCCAACCUCUGGGCAGUGCACAACAAUCCGGCAAUAUGGAAGGACCCGGAUAAGUUCGAUCCGACGCGUCUGUUGAACAGUGACGGCUCGAUCUCCGGGGAUAAGCUCCAGAGGGUGAUCCCCUUUUCGGUCGGCAGAAGAAUGUGCCCCGGAGAAAUCUUCGCAUCAGUGGAAAUCUACAUUUACUUGACGAGCAUCCUGCAGAAAUUCCGUGUACUUCCUGUAAAAGGACAUGUGGUUGACGUGAAUGUGAAAGACAGCGAAAUUAUGCAGCUUGGCCGCCACAAGCUGCGCUGCAUCCCACGGAUAAAUACAGCGCCAUGAUGUCAACAGUUCUGUAAUACCACGGGCCCGAACAUCACUGUUUGUAAUCCUAACAGAGAAGCGCGCGGGUAUUUAAUACCGUUUUCGUGGCCACAGGUGUCCCUCAAGGAGCUCUGAUAGUUUAACUGUGUGCCAUUCAUGGCGUACACUAGGCCUCUCCAUCACAAUGUAACAGGAUCUUGGCUGCUGAAGCCAUAUUGCUGGAUUAGGUUAUUCUGCCGAAGGCUAACGUGUGUUCACUGAGCGGAUGAACAGCGCCGAACAACUUGCAAGAAGCAAUUUGAUGACCAAUAGCGGCGCUUUCGUGCGCUGCCGGAGGAGGGGAGCGCAAUUCGGCCAGCACGGCUGAUCAAUGUAUUGAUGUGUAUAUGAAAUAAAAUUGAUGUCUUAGGGC